CAAUCCCCGAGCGCGAGUUUACUCACUCCCUCCCACCCGCGCACGCCCCGAAGCGCCGUCACCGUCACACAAACAGCUGAGUAUCAAAACAAAGAAGCGAGACGGGCGGUCGCCGCUCCCGCUCGCCGGCCGGCCGGCCUCGCCGACAUGCCAGUUCUCGUUUGAACCGUGACUAUCGUGGUUGUCUGUGGCGAGCUCCAGAAAGUUUACAACCGCGAAAGGAUUUUCCUUUGUCCCGAUCCGCACGGAUCCUGUCGUAUUAUGAGUCCGCGCGAGAGCUGCGAACAAUCUCGGCGUAUUGUGGUGCCGAAGCGUGUACGUUCUAUAUCGCGUCGAAGUUCUCAUAACUUACCCAAAUUCUGUGACGGAUAUCCAGCGAAACGCGUGCGCCGAGCGAUUUGAAAUACUUAAAGUGUUGUGUGUGAGGACGAUCCGAGAGACGUUGUGCCUGUGUUGUUUUUAACUUUUGUAACAAUGUCGACCGGCAAGCGUCUUGCGAAGCGCUCUAUAAUCGGAACGCGUGUUGCGGCUCUAGGUGAUGAUGGACUGUACAAUUCGGGGAUGAUUCAGGCAGUGAAAACGCCGGCACCUUUUCCGGAGAAUAAUAACUGUAUUAACUUGACUCCUAAUACUCGAUACACUGUGCGGUUUGACGGCGGAAAGCUGACCAGGGAAUAUAGAGACGCUGAGCUGAUCGGGCCCGGUUUCCGGGGCCUGACCGGAGUGCGUUUGAAGGCCGGUCAGCGCGUUUUCCUCACGUACAAUGGGCGCGAGGUGCGCGCUGACGUGCUGGAACACGACCACGACUCUGACGAACUGCGCGUCCAGGUGCAUUCACCUUCAGCUGAGGUCCCAAUAGAACUCAAGAAAAGGCUGGAUGAGAUAAGACUUUUGGAGUCGCGUAAAUCAGCGAGACUGGCUGAUGUUGAUACAGACUUCGCAAGGCUUGCAGAUAUGGCAGGAGACCGCCGUAGAGCCUCCGCUACCAUUGAAGUACCGGCACAUCAUAUGCAGGGGUCUCGCAAACGUGGCCCCAGCAGCUCAUAUGACCUUGGCUAUGGAGAACGCGACGAUCAGAUGAAUGAAUGCAAUGCCGCCUUGGUCCUGAUGUCUCUGAGCUGCUCACCAAACUCACCACGACCAAGCGCAUGGGGCGGUCGGUCAUCAGUGUCCCCUGGCGCAAGCAGCAGCUCCGGCUCAUCAUGGCGCUCUGGUACUCCAUCACCGCCUCCUGUCUCCUCCUCAUUCAGCGACGAAGGCAUUGCUAUGGACUAUGAAGAUCAUCAUCCACGCAAGAAAAGGAUAAACAGUGUCGUGUUUGAAUGCACCUGGAGAGGAUGUGGUUACAUCACACACACCUGUUUUUCUAUUGAAGCACAUAUCAGACAGACACACUUAGGGCCAAAGAAAGAAGGUGAAAGCGAUCAUGAAGAGGAGUUCUAUUACACGGAGCGUGAAGUGUCUACGCCAGCCCCGCCACCAACUUUAUCCCACCGAGACAUGUGCAGGCCUCCACAUGAAGAUCCUGAUUAUCAACGACAGAUUGUUGGAUCUUACAGACAAGGACUUCUGUCAACUAUGCAGAACAUAUCAGCGAGGUCCAUAAGCAUUCCCGUAACGCAUUCCUGGUCUAACUCACACUCCCCGAAGCACAUGAAAAUAUCAGCAUCAGGUGCAUCGCCCAGUAGCCCAGGCCGCAGACCUCGCUCCGACAACAAGAAGUGCAGGAAGGUGUACGGAAUGGACCAGCGUGACCAAUGGUGCACGCAGUGCAAAUGGAAGAAAGCGUGCACGCGAUUUGGUGAUUAAACGCUGAACUUCCCAUACGUGGUUAAGCGUCGAGUAACUUCUACUGCCAGAACAGAUGCCAGGGAUCACCAAACUUUGAGAUGGUGGAACGGGUUAUCCGGACAUUAAGUAUUUUAAGAGAUAUUUUUAAUGUAAGUAAUGUUACUGGAGACAUAUAUUUCCUUUCCUGUGGCUCAUGUUUUGACCACAGCGGACAUUGCCCACUUAUUUUUCUAGGGAUACGUAAUGUCUUGAACAGAGACUGUGAAUAUUUUAGAAAUAAGCCUAUGUUAGACUGACUUUCGCUUAGUGUGAAAACAUUUGGACAUCCUAAUCUCACUACCACAUUUGACCUGUACAGCACAUUGCACAUGCAGAAAUUAAUAUUUUAUGACCAUUUUACUUCUAAAAGUCAAACAGCGUAAUAACUAGUCGUAUUUUUUAUCAAAUUUAUUUGUCGCUUACGAGCUUUGAUGAUUGACUAAGUUUGCGUAUGACAGUUGACACAUGUCAGUGAAAUCCGUCCGCGUUCACAGAGCGCAGUAAAUAAAUGUUCUCACACUGCGAAAUUAUAAUCUAUAUCGACGGGGUGACCAUCGUUCCAGUCGAAAUAUACACGAAUGGUUAAUAUGUUUAUGUAUUGACUGAAUUAGAAAAUAUACUUAAUAUAAGUUUUCUCAGGUUUGACUAAAAGACUAAAAUUUAGAUUGGAAUUUUUAAACAUAUCUGUACGUAUACAUGUAGGUCCUGGAGAUGAAGGACAAUACUCAGGAUUGAGGAUAGAAGUUUGUAGGAGGAGAGUCGGUUGAUGUGACGUAGAAUUGGUGCUAAUUCUGACGAACUUAAAUACAGACAGAUAACAGAACGACUUUGACAGCAAACGCUAAUGUCAAAUAUGUGACGCAUUCUUUCGUUGAACUUUGAACUUCCACUUCCUGUCACUACAGACUAUAUAUUCCAAUAGAUUAAAUAAGUUUUAGGCAGAAUUAGCACUUAACGCAAUAAAUAAUAAUUGCUUUAAACUGACAUCUACGUUACGAAUUUGAUAAAGACAUUUUAUGACGGAUUAAUCGCGCAAUGUUAUUAAAAAGCGUCUAGAAACAGUUGUCUAUGAAGUUGGGUCUCUGCCUACUCAUGACCUAAUGGAAUGUAAUGUGUCAACUAAGGCGUUGUAUGACACGUAAAUACAUUUUAACGUGAUUUUAUUACGGAAUAAAUAAUAAUUUCAUUAAGAAUAUUUUUCCCAUACGACCGAUCGGCUCAAGGAAGGAAAACGGACGUGAAAGGCUAUUGCAUGAUGCAAUAUUAUUUAAUAAGUAUUAUAUAUAUGUAAAUAGUAUAUAUUAUAGGUACCAAAAGCAAUCGUAAUAUAAGGUACCUGGAGUGAAAUAUUUAUGUUCGUUACUUAAUGUGAUUGUUAACGAUAAUUUUAUAGACACGAAGUAUAUUAAAGUUAUGAAUUAAGAAUAAUAUAGUCUAUUGAAUCAUUUAUCAGCGCGGCAUUUCCAUGUCUCCGGUGUUACCAUUUAAGUUAAAUUCGAAACAGUGCCAAUACAAUGUUUAUUCAAGAGUGUUAAUGUCUUAUUGGUGCUUUUGCAAAACGCACACUGAAUUUUAUAUAUUGCGCGACAAGCUGUGGUAGUGGCCAAACGCCUUGUAGCCACACUUAUCUUCAGCUUAUCUUGCCAAAUUGCAGUUCAACACGGCCUGCACCGUUUACCAAAUAUAACAAUUAUUAUCAAAGGUUGUGAUACAAAUUAUUGUAAUGAAAAUUACGAUAUUUUAAUUCACGUUGAAAGCCGUGCGCGAGAAACCAAAUGAUCCCCUUUAGGCUAGGAUAACAACUCAGCUAGCGUUUAAUCAACUGCCAUAAUUUAAGAAAUUAGUUAUCUAUGGAAUAGAAACAGUAUAGAGUAGCUUAAGCUGGAAGUCAUAGAGUAGUAUUUAAUUAAGUACAAUAAACUUCAUAACGUGCAAAUAUUUCUCUUGUUCCUCUUGACAAUUUCGAUGUUGCUCUAUGUUUUGUCUAUGGUAAAAAUGCUAUGGUGCUCGAACUGCUUUUGCUGAAUCAAACCGAUCUCAACAAUCACGAAGCUAUUAGAUUUAUUUACAAAAAUAUUAUUUAUUAGUUUUAUAUUUGUAUUAUUAGAUUUUAUUUUUUAUUUAUUUAGCCGAAUUUGCUCAAUGUACACUCACCAAAGUCAUAAUAAAAAUAGCAGUACAAAGAGCAUAAUAAUGCGCAAAAAUUAUUUGUGAAUUGCCGACUUGGCGGCUUGCGUUCAUAUCAUAAAGGCGGUUUUGAUCGUCGAAAAAUAAUGUUAGUAAUACGAACGCUAGUCUAGACUAAGUCUUAUUCUGAAACAUUUUUUCACAGAUUUUAUUUUCGAGUGUAUCUUUAUUAGUGACAUACAUUCACGUUGUGACAAUUACUCAAUAAUAAUUUUUGUUUAGUAGACUAAAGGUACUUACGUACUAUCAACUGUAAAAAGUUUUCAUAUAUUUUUAUACAGUUUCCCAUCACCGCUUUUCUGUCAUACAAACUAUAUGUAAAUUACUGUGCCUCUUCUUAAAGAUAAUAUAUAAUAAGAGAAAAAUGUAAAUAUGUAUAAUUGAUACUUAAGUACCUUCCCGAUAAGACUUCUGUUACAAGUUGAGAGAAUAUACCAAUUAGAAUAUUGCUUUAAUCGGCCAAUAGAUUUCCGAUUUCGUUCCAUAGACAAGGUAAACUUGAACAAGAAGUUUAUCUAUUAUUAUCUGUAUUUAUAUGUAAGCUUAUAAUCUGUGUAACUACAAUCUGUAAAUUGUUGUGGGCAAUAUAAUUUUAUGAAUAUAUGUCUCCUAAAUUUAUGUAAUAACAGAAAUAGGUGUGGUUCUAUGUGUUAGACGCAUUACAUCAAAGUACCUUAAAUUGUUAAACUCGGAAAUUCGUCUUCAUAUUUUAUUCUUUGAUUUGUAUAAUUAGUAUUAUUAAAUUUUCUAUUUAUUUAGACAAUGUUCACGAUGACAUAUUUUUAAGUAGUUAAUUGUUUUAUAUUUUAUCUUAUUUUAGUUUUUUGGGCGUGUCCCGUCAAUGUAUCAUUAAUAUAUUUACGAUGGUUACCAGUAGAUGUAAGAAUUGUGUGUCUUUAUCGGAACAUUGAUACGAUACGUUCUCGAUUAUGUAGGCUUUUUCCAUAUUAUUGUUAUUGUCAAUAUCACAGAAGUGCAUAACCCGCUGUCAGCAUUACAUUUAUUCGUGAAUCAACUGUUUAAAUAAUACGUAAGAAUUUUGGCGCGAAAUGUUUAUGGCCAAACUUCAAGGUCAAUUGUCAAAUCAUGUGCACACAGACUGAGGUCAGAGGAGGGGUUUUUGGUUGGGACUGGUUGCAAUAUUUGCUUAUAAUGUCAAAAAUAGUUAAAGACAGCCUCACCAUUAAGGUUGAUUGCCUAUUAGUAAAUGGGUUACGCCUGGUCACGUACCACUUCCAAACAAAAGCAUUGGCGAUCGUUAUUCACUCCGUAAGUUUUUGUCAGGGAGAUAUUAAAAAGACGAGACAUAACGCUCAGCUCCCGUACGUCAAAAAUUUAUUGGAUUUUUGUCAUAGUUCAUACUUAGUUUCGUUUUUAAUCUCACCCUAAGGCCCUUGGCGGUAGAUACCAAAACAAUGCCAAAUAAUCACGCUUGUCUGCCCUCAAUUUUUAUUAAACAAAACUGCUGACAGUUCAUCUAUUGUGAUAUUUAUAAUUUUUUUUAUGUAUAGUAGAUGAAAUAUUGUGUUAAACCUUUUAUAUGAACUAGCCGCUAAGUAUUGUUACUUUAAAUAGUACCUCCUAAAAGCCUUAAACCGUUUUCAGAUAUAUAAACUACAUUCCAUAGAUUAUCUAUGGAAAAAGAUUCAAUUUGUAACAAAUUUUGAAUAAAAAUAAUUAUAACUGA